AUGCCAUUAUGCGAUCUUUGCCAGUCGUUGGACGUCCUCGACAUCCCUAAGCUACCACCCGAUUACAAAAUCCAUACUGUCACUCGACGCGACUACCCAUGCCUAGUCCAAAUCAGUAGCCAACCUCUCAGGGACCUCUGGAAGAACAAGCAAGACCGUCCAAAGGAUCAAGAACCCAUUGGCAUACCCUUCCACCAAUCUAUCGAAGACCUCGAAGACGCCGCUGCCGAUGACUGCGCAAUUUGCAAGACCGUACAGCGCGAUGUCGCGCAGUUUCAGUCCGACUUCAGUGGGGCGAAGAAGGAACCUGGGAUUCGUGCCGAGCGUGGCGGAGGACCGGAUUGGAAGAUGUGUCUGGUUAGGGGUGUGAAUGAUACCGGAGGUUUCAUGGUGGUGUCGGUCGAUGCAAAUAUCUGCCAAGACGACUCAGAAGACUGGUCGCGCGAAACAUCGCGCAUGGCCUCCGUCUACUCAAACGCAUACAUCAUGCUCUCCGCAACCGGUUCUCCCUCCUCUACAUCUGGGCUAUCCAUCUUCUCACCCAACCGCCCCGCACCCAACUACUCCCCUUUCGAAUACACAACCAAAGACGGUAUCAAAGGAACUCUCCACGCCUUCUCCUCCUCUCGCGAAACAGCCGCAAAGCCCUCCUGGGCCGGAAACAACGCAAUGCUAAAGACCGAGCCACUCAGCCAACGCGGCUGGGCGUUACAAGAACGCUGGCUCGCACCGCGUGUGCUACAUUUCGGCACGGAGCAGAUAUUCUUCGAGUGCUACUGUUCUUUCCUGAGCGAGCACGGUUUCUACCUACCAGGGCGAGUGGAUACUCUUUUCCCAACUACUUCCCGUACAUUCCCAUCGCACACCCACCCUUCCUCCCCGGAUAAACCUAUCCCAGAUAAAGACAACCCCACGCUACAUUGGCACGCAGUCCUAGACGCCUACUCCCGCCGUUCUCUAACCAAACCUUCGGAUAAACUGGUUGCCCUCUCUGGCCUCGCACGCACCUACGCUUCCUUGCUCCCUUCUCCUACCACCUACCUCGCGGGGCACUGGUCCCCGACCUUACUCCAUGACCUAAUCUGGCAAGCCGUCGGCACGACAACCUCACCAGCAGUAUACCGCGCACCGAGCUGGUCCUGGGCCGCCAUCGACGGGCCGUUCGGCCUCUUCAGCCCGAAUUCAGGUGUGGGGUGGGACAAGGGGGACUGGACCGCUUUAGCCAAGAUCCACGCUACGAGUAUUACGUUGAAGAGCGCCCACAAUCCUUUCGGCGAGGUAACGGACGGACGAAGCGGGUAUUAG